AUGACCUCCGUCGCCGGAAUCUUGCUGGUUACGGUAGAAGAGAUUGCGGAACUUGCGGCGGCAAUCAACGCAUACUGCAAAGCGAACGUGUCCCGAGACCGCGGCUAUUCUACAGAAGACAGAGUCACCGAUAAAGAGCUCGUACCUACCACUCGUGCGCGAAUUCGCGGCCGAGUGCAACUUCGCCAUCCACGCCCGCUCAGCCAAGAGCUGGCCCGGCGCGGCAAGAGCGCAGUACAUCCUUAUGAAUCUUCUUUGUUGGGGUUUAAGACCUACAAGAGGCGUUCCCACAUCUACAAGCAUCAAGUGCGAAGAGUCCGAUGA